CCUUCACUCCGCUCAUCCUUGUAGAAUUCCACGUAACAAAGCUUCCAAACGUAACAAGUCAAUUCUCAUCAUCAACCUACCUACCUUUUGAGUUGGCAUGCGACAACUACAACCGACCGUUGAUGAGAACAGAACACAUUGUGAUGUCUUCGGACACACUACAAGACAAAACUCUGAGGUCUACUUUGUGGUUGAGGCGGGGACAAGGAAGAGCGCAUGUCAGCCAAAAGACUGGGUUGGGACGAUGUUUUCAAAAGGCACCAAUGGGGUGUUGGGCCAGGAACCUUCGUAUAUCGUAACAAAGAUUUCAUGACCGGUGAUGAGAAUGUGGUGUCUGAGAGCACUAAAAACUCUGAGGUCUCAUGUUGGAGCGGCCGUGCGGCGGAGGAGAGGAGUGGGUGCCUUGGUUGAAGUGGUGUGGUUCUUGUCGGAGAGGAGCGGGCAAGGCACGGAUGAACAUCAUCACGCCACCAGGUAUGAACCAGAGCGGAGACGUAACAGAGCGACUUUUGAUAUCGAGGAAGGAAUCGUCCAAGAAUGAUCAACUGGGAUAUGUUCAAGAGAUCAAAGAUUCCUGCACAUUUUGGAUCGAAUAUUGCGUGAUGAUGUGAAGGUGAUGAAUAUGAAUGGGUUGGUUGGUAUGGAACAAUCAAAAACAGUCCGUCUCUCAACGUGAACAACAAAACGCAACCACCAUAACUGCAUGCCAUCGGAAAUGGGCAGUGCUCUACGUGACGAUUGGUCUCGAUCCAUCUUUUUCGGAAAGGACCUGCCAGUCCUACCGACUUUGUCCAAAUUCAUUGACUUCGUUCUCCGUUUCCUCGUUUCUCGACACCAAUGGCAAACAUUAGCGCAUGCUAAAAUAAAGCUGAACGCUGCGACGUCAUUCAUCUUGGUUGUUGGGGAUGUUGUAGGUGUUAGGCGCUGUAGCUACGAGCCAACACGUACAUGCCCACGCGACGUUUUGAGUCUUAAUACGCACUACGACAAUCCGAUCAUCAGCCUUCGUGUAUGCACAUACUCAAAGAGAAAAACAGUCUUUGCGCAAGGCAGAGUUUGAUAAUUUUUUGAGUCAUCGCAUUUCCAUGCGGUGCAAACACUUUGUAAUAAAAUCACACGAGAUUGACCGGCCGGCAGGAGCUGAGCGCAGCAACGAUUCAAGCAGCAAUCUCAAUUCCCACCCUUCAUUUACCACUUGACUCGAUUUCAUAGCUGCCAAAUGCUGUGCAAUCACCUGCUUUCUCGCUCAAUAACACGGUUGCUACGCCGCUUCACAGUACUGCUGCAUUCUCCGUUGAUUACUCUCAAUGGAAAGUGGAACCGUCUGUGCUUACUCUUCCGCCGU